AAAGGGAAAAAAACCUGAAAGAUAAAUUUAUAACAACAAAAACCCCUCUGAUACCAAGAAACUCCAGCUUUUUAACAUUUUCAUCUUCACCAUUAAUGGAUACCGACCAAGACCAAGACCACCACCACCACCACCACCGUGCCUCCUCCACUCCUCAGCCACCGUCUCAGCCUUCUCCACAAUUCGCUGUCUACACCUAUCCCAAGCACAGGACUAAGAAAAGGAGGGCGCAUAUCAUCAAGAUUAAGCGGACCCAGAUCCAUGCCGACUCUUCUCCUCAACCUAACUCCAACUCCAACACUCAGCUUGUUCUGGAUGAUAAACUGGGCAAGUCUACAAGCAACAAACAAAAGAAAGCUGUGGUCAAUGACUUCUACAAUGAUACUGAAACUUCGGUAUCUACUAUGGAGAGGGCCAAAGAGCUUCAAGCAACUUUAGACGCUUCACUCCCUAGCUUUGCAAAAGUUUUGGUUCGAUCAAAUGUCACUGUUGGAUUUUGGAUGCAUCUUCCUAUGCCAUUUUGCAAAUUGCACUUGCCCAAGAGUGAUGCGGCAGUUUCAGUGGAAAUGGAAAAUGGACGGGAAUUCACAAUAAACUAUAUAGCAGACAGGACAGCAUUAAGUGGUGGGUGGAAAGCAUUCUGUUCUGCAAACCAGCUACAUGAGGGUGAUAUUCUCGUUUUCCAUUUACUCAAACCAGUAACAUUUAAGGUGUACAUAGUCAGGGGAAGUCGUUCAACCAAAGUAAAUGGGGAGUUCGGGAAAGAAACUACUCCUGAAAAACAAAUAAAGUCUGAUCACGCGGAGGAAGAUAAAGAGAGCGGUGAAAAGGCCAAACGUUUGGAGCUUCCUGAUGAAGUCCUUCGGCAGAAUGAAAAAGAAGAGAGAAGCCUGAUGGUUUUGGAUGAAGGGCAUGGAGCAGUUCGACCUGAGAAUGGAUUUGAGGGUCAUCGGGACUCUAAAAUGUUGGAUGUUAUUGUAUCUUCAGGAUCUGCUGUUGAUUUUACCGAUUUAGAUAGUUUUGAAAGUUUCAGCAUUGUCAUCAAUGAUUUGGCUAUAGACUCUGAGAUCUCCGAUUACCAUCGAACGACAUAUUACGAGCUAUGCCGCUCACAGAACUCAUUUUUGCAUGACAAUCUUCUCAAGAGUAUCAACUAUAAGUUGGCAACGGAAAUAAUAAUCGGAGUUGUUAACAUUUCAGAGGCCAUGAGAACUUCCAAGCUUUCAAGCUCUGGUCCAGAUUUUUCGGUGUGGGACAAGACUUUGAAGGGCUUUGAGCUGUUGGGCAUGAAUGUAGGGUUCUUACGUUCUCGAUUGAACCUGCUAAUGAGGCUUGCCAAUGAAGCAGAAGAGACGGUGGAAUCCGAGUCUAGAGAAGCUAGACAACAACAAGUCCGUAUAGUUGAGGAAAUGCGGAGUCUUGAAUUGCAGCUUACGGAUUUGCAAGAGACAAGGGAAAGGCUUGAUGUGGAGAUAGAGUCUCUGAAGGAGAAUGCUGAAAGCCAAGAGCUUAAGUUUCAGGAAGUGGUCAAUAGUCCAUGGUAGGAACAAUUCCCUGACUAUACGAAAGUUCGUAAUUAUCAAAGCACCGAUUAAACGCAAGGAAGGGCAGAAUUUCUCAGUGUACGAAUAUGUUAACAGAAUUUUUACCAAUCUGGCAAUGAACAUUUGAAUUAGUGAUAGACAUGUAUACUAAUUAGUGGUAGAAUUUUGAUGGAAACUUAUUUACAUAAUGCUUUGUUAUGCA